AUGUGCCGCCAAUACUUCACAUUUUACGACUGGUGCCAAUGCGAAGAAGACGCCGGUCAAAGCGUAUGCGCCGGCUACAAACGCAACAGCUGCCCAGGCGUGAGCAUUGAAACAGUCCACAUGCACUGCUUCUGCAAUAGCCAUGCUACAAAGGGCUUCAAGUCCGAGAAGCAGACACGCAAGGAAGAUAACAAGACCCGGCGCCGGUCUCAGGAUUCCAUGGAUGAGAAGGCUUCUUUUGGGCGUCGUUGGUUUCAGUGGUAUCAAUGGCGGGGGUUGCGAUCUCAUUGA